UCAACACAACAAGACGUCGAACUACGCACGAAUACGGCGCAAUGGGUGUUUUGCUUUUCUACUCAGACUCGCGCACACACUUACGUGUCCGGAGGGACUUGUGUUGAUCCUUCUGUUUUGCUUUGUUUGCAAAUGCACUUGGAUAUAAGAGUGAUCAUACAUAGAAGAGCAUGUGUGGAAAUAAUAAAACGGCAAGGGAAUAGCUAGCUAGUUAACUCAGGCUAGCUAGCUUCCUACUUUCAGAACGCGUAAAAGACAAUUGAAAAACACUUUUUCCCCCCACAACAGAUCCCAGGAGAACUUGGAAGAAGAAAAGGAAGCCGGUUCAGUCGGAAACGCGGAGGUGGGAAAUAAAUCGGAAUAAAAGAAGGAAACAACCAAGAAAGGAGAAAAACAGAUUCUUACACGUCUACAUAUCGGGAUCUUUGGCCCGGUUCCCGCUAUACGUGAGUCAGUGCCAUCAUCAUGUUUGACUCAAUGUAAUCGGGACACCUGCCUGCACCCAAGCCCAGGUCAUCACCCUAAACACCCCAUGCCCCCACCCUCAAGACUGUGCCUGCCUCUCCCUGUCUGUGCCUCACGCCCCCCCCGCUCCCCUGUGCCACCAUGCUGGGACUGUGCUGGCGCAGGCAGAAGUGCAACGGCGCGACGGCGCUGUUCGUGCUGGCGGUCUGCGCGGCCUGUGCGGUUGUGCUCCUGCUGCUGUCCCGACUGCGCGACAGCACCGCCGAGCUGCACACGCACGCGCAGCACUGCAGAGAGCAGCAGGAGGCCCUGUCUGCACAGCUGCAGGUGGUGUAUGAACACCGGUCCCGUCUAGAGAGGACCUUACAGAAAGAGAGAGUGGAGCACAAGAAGACCAAGGAAGAUUUCUUGUUAUACAAACUGGAGGCACAAGAAUCCUUGAACAAGGAAAAGCAAGAUGCCAUGAACCGAUACAGUGCUCUGAGCUCCCAAAAUAAUAUCCUCAAGAACCAGCUGGGAGAGAUGCGCACUCAGCUCCUGUCCCAGCAGACCACCAACGGGGAGCAGCAGCUCGUCCAACGCAAAGCCUUGGAGGAGUGCAAACAGAUGGGCGUGCUCCGGCACACCGAGGACCAGGACCGCAUCGCAUCCCUGCAGGACACCGUGAUGAAGUUACGGGAGGAGAGUAAGCUCUUGAGGAAGGCCCACCAGGACAUCCACAGCCAGCUGCUGAGUGCCCAGGCGCAGAAGGGGGAAUCCCAGCACACCAGACAGUCCCUGCAGAAGGAGCCUGUUCUGAACAGACUGUCAAUCAUCCAGCCACAGAUCGCCAUGGGGAAGCACGCGGGUCCUCAGCUCCCAGACCUUAAGGUCACAAUUCUUCCUCUUCUCAGCCAAUCCAAACAGAAGACACAGCUAGAGAUUGGGCUGGUUGGUACACGCUCAACCAAUCAGAAGGACUUUUUGGUGAAUAACAUGGAUAAGUGGCCAGGUGAAGAAGGACAGGAGCAUCAGUUAGACAGCCUGAACAGGAAAAACAAUUACAACCAGAGACCGGACAAGAAUUUCCUCUUGACUAAUGAGAAGCCUUCAUCCAACAACUGGCGGGGUGUGAUGGCCAAUGAGAUCAAGAGCACGGUGCCGGAAGAGAUUAAUGAGGACAAAGAUUUUGUCGAAAGGCUGGAUAAUGGAGACCUGGAAAUUGACUCCCAGGGGGAAGAGAUGGCUCAAGGUCAGGGCGCCAUUGCCCAGGAACCAAUGGAGGAUGGGAGAAUAGGAGAGACAGAAGAUCAGCUUGAAGAGGAAGAGGAAGAAGAGGAGGAAGGAGGAAACGAGGAAGAAUAUUAACGCCCGGAGCUGCCUUUUGCCCUUUAAACAAACCGCCCAUUCUUUCUCCAUUACAUUCAUCAUACCACUUUACCUCACUUCCCUGCCAUUGGCCCUUACCUUUCUCACGCUCUGUGUCCUGCCCCUACAUACUCCUGCUCACUGCCUGCGCCUCUCCACUUAAAGCCUUUGCUCAGAGAAUAAUGGCGACUCGCGGUGUUGCAGUGUCUCACCGUAGAUGAAGACAGGCAUGAAGUAUCCAGCAGGCAGGGGUAAUGCGCAGGCCAGGACCAGCAGCCACAGCUGGGAAGGUGACGAGUGAAGUGGACAGUCACAGUUUACAGUUAACCGUCACCACUUACUGAGUAUAUUUCAGGAAAAAAAAAGAUGUUGCCUUAUAUUCCAUUUUCCCUCACAGGGAACAGUUUAUAAAGCUGGCUAUUACACUUCAUAGGACUUGACUCAAGCUUGUUUGCAUCGGAUGAAACCGGUUCAUCGAUGUGUAUGCAAGUUAUGUUGCAGCUAUUAAUACUUUGACUGUUAUAUACAGAUACAUUUGAUUUGAACACAAUUCUCCUUUUUUUCUCUCAGAAUUAUAAUCCAAGCCAUGGCUAGUUGAUGCGUUGUGUUCUUUUGAUACUUUGCGCAACUGUUUUCCUUCAUAAAGGAGCGUGUCUGUUUUAAUGGUUAGCUUUUUCAUGUGCUGAAGAUUUCAGUGCAGAGGAACUUUCCAUUAGAUUUCCUACGUAUAGUGUGAACAAGCAAGUCUGUGUGUACAAAGCAACUCAAAACACCAAUAAUGUAAGGUAUAGUAUUAUGGUUUUCUAUAUGUACCAAUUUGUUUAAAUACUUUUGUCUACCAUUUCAAUAAAAGCAAGUUUGUAAUAUCAACCAAA